GACUUGACAGCGCACUAAGUCAUAACGAGCAAUGGCACUCUUUGUUAAGUAAAGUGGUGAGGGAUCUCGCUCCUAAACAAGACUAAUGUUAUUAAAAGCUCAUUACCGCCACACUGCUGAUAUUCCUCAGUGUCGAUCACAGUAACUGCUGGUAGUUGACUGCACGACUACUUAUUCUGUAGUUAGCUAAUGCUAGCGUGUUAGCUGCUGGGACAACAGCUGCAGUUGGAUAGGAUGUCGCUUCACGGAAAAAGGAAAGAAAUCUACAAAUACGAAGCGCCAUGGACUGUUUAUGCGAUGAGCUGGAGCAUCCGGCCAGACAAACGCUUUCGGCUGGCACUCGGGAGUUUUGUGGAGGAGUACAACAACAAGGUUCAGCUGGUGGGUCUGGAAGAGGAGAGCUCAGAGUUUGUCUGCAGGAACACUUUUGACCAUCCUUACCCCACCACCAAGAUCAUGUGGAUCCCAGACACCAAGGGGGUGUACCCAGAUCUGCUGGCCACAAGUGGGGACUACCUGCGCAUUUGGAGGGUCAGCGACACUGAAACACGUCUCGAAUGUUUGCUGAAUAACAACAAGAACUCUGACUUCUGUGCUCCCCUCACAUCCUUUGACUGGAAUGAAGUUGAUCCUAAUCUACUAGGCACGUCCAGCAUUGACACCACCUGCACUAUCUGGGGACUGGAGACUGGUCAGGUAUUGGGACGAGUAAACCUGGUCUCUGGACAUGUGAAGACGCAGCUCAUCGCUCAUGACAAAGAGGUGUAUGACAUUGCUUUCAGUCGUGCAGGAGGGGGCAGAGAUAUGUUUGCCUCUGUGGGAGCCGACGGAUCCGUCCGUAUGUUUGACCUCCGGCACCUGGAGCACAGCACCAUCAUCUACGAAGACCCCCAGCACCACCCGCUGCUCCGCCUCUGCUGGAACAAGCAGGACCCCAACUACUUGGCCACUAUGGCCAUGGACGGCAUGGAGGUGGUCAUCCUGGAUGUGCGUGUGCCGUGCACUCCCGUGGCUCGGCUGAACAACCAUCGAGCUUGUGUCAACGGCAUCGCCUGGGCCCCUCACUCAUCAUGUCACAUCUGCACGGCAGCUGACGACCACCAGGCUCUGAUCUGGGACAUUCAGCAGAUGCCCCGGGCCAUCGAUGAUCCCAUCCUGGCCUACACGGCAGAAGGGGAGAUCAACAACGUGCAGUGGGCUUGCACGCAGCCGGACUGGAUCGCCAUCUGCUACAACAACUGCCUGGAGAUCCUGCGUGUGUAACAGCCACGGACACUUGGACAAAGGAGAGACACUCCUUCUUGUUUAAUAUUUAAGAAUUUGUAGUCCUCGUACUAUUACUUUGAAGAAAAGGACGAGGUCACGAGUGAACUUUUUGAACAUGUUUGGAGUAUCACACACACACACACACCUACCCACAAUAAUCUGGAUGACAUAUUGUCGCACUGCUCUUCUAUUUAACGGGUUUAAGCUCUUAUUUAUUUUUGCUCAUAAGAUAGUGUUCAGAAUCUCUGAAAUCUUGAGCAGUUGCCUAUGAAAUUAAGAUUUUAUAUAUUUCUUGGUGUGAUUUCAACCCGCUUUGAGAUGAUCUUGAAGGGUUUAAAUAUUGUGAGUCACAUCUGUUGAUAAAAACUACUGUAGGAGGCAGAAAAUGACCUCUCCAAUAUGUAGGAAUGCUGAUUCAAAAAUCAAUAUACACUGAACAAAAAUAUAAAUGCAACACUUUUGUUUUUGCUCCCAUUUUUCAUGAGAUGAACUCAAA